AGAAGGGACAAGAACGAAUAUGAUCAUGGAUAGAACUACCGUGGUGAAAGCCGGAGCUGUUGCCAGCGCCAGUAUGUGCGCGUUGUUUGGUGGAGUUGUCCUUGCACAAUAUAUUUUCACUAAGAAAAGAAGAGCGGGAAAGAAAACGAAGAUCAUCGAGAUGAUGCCAGAGUUUGAGAAGAGCACGGUUCAUAUAAAGGACCCAGAGAGAGUGGAACAGAUCAUCUGUAGUCUGAUCAAAGGAGGGGCCUCCAAACUACAGAUCAUCACUGAUUUUGAUAUGACAUUAAGUAGGUUUGCAGUCAACGGGAAACGCUGCCCAACGUGUCAUAAUAUUAUUGACAACUGCAAGCUUAUCACAGAAGAAUGUAGGAAGAAGUUACUACAAUUGAAGGACACCUACUAUCCCAUUGAGAUUGAUCCUCAUCUUACCAUGGAGGAGAAAUAUCCCUUUAUGGUAGAAUGGUAUUUUAAGUCACACACGUUAUUAGUGGAGCAGAAGCUGCAGAGAGACAAACUCCCCGAGGUUGUGAGAGAAUCAGAUGCCAGCCUGAAAGAGGGCUACGACCAGUUCUUUGACCGGCUUCAUCAACAUAAUGUUCCCGUGUUCAUCUUCUCUGCUGGCCUGGGAGACGUUCUGGAAGAGAUUAUCCGUCAAGCGGGGGUCUACCAUCCUAACGUCAAAGUCGUGUCCAACUUCAUGGACUUUGACGAGAAUGGUGUGCUGAAGGGCUUUAAGGGAGAACUGAUCCAUGUCUACAACAAACACGAUGGGGCUCUCAGAAACACCGAAUACUUUAAACAGCUCAAAGACAACGGCAAUAUCAUACUCCUCGGAGACUCGCUCGGCGAUCUGAACAUGGCCGACGGAGUUCCCAACGUGGAGAACAUCUUAAAGAUCGGCUUCUUGAACGAUAAGGUGGAAGAACGACUCGAGAAGUACAUGGACGCUUACGAUAUUGUCCUUGUGAAAGAUGAAACUCUUGAUGUGCCCAACUCCAUUCUUCAAAAGAUCUUAUAACUGUGUCCUGUAAACCAGGUCUACAUAAAGGACUUGAACACUUAGCCUGGUCACAGGAGGAGCUCUGCCACAGACCUACACCAACUGAUAAACUUAGUCAGCAGGCUAACACCAGCUUAUUUGGACCCUGCAACACUUGUUCCAGGCCACACCUACAUCUCCAUUGGUCUUUAGGAACCUCUCCUCUGAAUGAACUAACUUUUUUAAAAAAGAA